AUGGCUGACAUUUACCAUAUUGGCACUCAGUCAUUGGUCAAAAGUAAUCAGCACUUCGUGGUGAUGGCGUCAUGUGACCGGGAGCACGACUUCCGGCAGCGUGGCGUCAAGUUGGCAUUGAACUAUGGGCUGGAGACUGAGAGCCAAUCCGCUCAUGAGUUUUGCGUCUCGCUUACAGUGCCGCGGAACGGACAAACGGAAGAACAUGACUACCAGCACAAGGGUAAUAUAAACCAAGUUUUCCCCCUGACCAUCGACCAGUUUGUGACUUAUUUCAGCCUUUAUUAA